CGGCAGGUGGUGUUGGUAGUGUGUUCACAGCGGUCGUCCGGCAUGACUCCGUUCGUGUCUGAAAUCAACGAAGACAUGUUGCGGCAGUUCGAAGAAGAGCUGGACGGUCAAAGGGCCAAGGUGGAGCAAGCGCGGGAAUUGAUAAAACACAAGAAAUCGCUUGCGAUUCGGAAAAAAGCCGAGGAGAUGCGGGCGGCCGUGGCCGAUUUGGACAAGACAGUGGUCGAGUCCAGGGAAACUCGCAAGACGCUGCGAAAGCAACUCCUCGAACGAAAGGCGCUCAUGAAAACUCAGGUGGCAGCGCACCAAGAGCUCCAACGAACCACGUGGAACGUCGAACGAGCCCAUCACUUGGAGGCGGUUGCGCUAAAGCGCCUUGAGUUAGAGCGCAUCCACGACGAACAGCGACGGAUGGAAACGCUGCUGGACGUAGCCACGAUCGAGUUGGACGCGAUAGAGGGCGAAAAGCGACGCCGACAGGAAUCGAUCGACGUUCAGUUGAAGCGAAUCCUGGACAAAGGGACUGUGCUCAAGCAACAACUGGUCGAAGGCCACCUGAAUGUUCCCCAAGUCCGCCAAACGAUACAAGACGAGGGCUACGACCACUUCGUCGAAGAGUGCCACGGACUUCGCCGCCAGCAGCAACAGCAACGCCUCCUGGAACUGCAUGCCCAGCAAAAACAACUCAACACCGACAGGGCCAAACUCCUUGCCGACGAAGACGUACUUCGCCAGCAAAUACAUCAACAUAUGUCAACCGAUACGGUGCAAGAUGAUCUGCUCGAUGCGUCUCUGCGCGGUCGUGAACCGAUCCUGCCAUCAUCCAUGCCAUUCCCAGAAUGUGACGACUGCGUGGACGACGUGUUGGCUCAAGCAAGUCAAUUCCUAGCCGCUGGCGACGCGACGCUGUCAGCCUUGCAGGAAUCAAUUGUGAACAAGUGCAACGUCGCCCACACCAACGCGGCUUGUUUCCCCGCUGCUUACGAUGGGUCCCUCGGACGAGAGUCGUACCCCCCGUCGCUACUCGCAGCCCGCGACAUGGCGCAGUCGAUCGUGUGGGACGUCGUGAACGACCUGCCACCUUCGGUGUUUGAAACGAUCCGUUCGCUGAAGCAGCAGCGUAAGCAGUGGAAAGCAACGCAGCGAAGACUCGCCAGAGCCCAUCGACGACAGCUCGAAGCUGCUACAAUCUUGACCAUCCAUAGAGCUCUCGUCGAUGAUGUGGUGGACGAAAUGCUGCGGGACUUGCACCACGAAUUUGAAUCGCUCGCUUGCCGCGUUCAUUCGUUGGUCACAGGCACCAUAACCGCCAGCUUGAUCACUCCGCCGUUCAAUGGCGCCAACACAGUGUCAAGCCAACUUGCCAGUGCAUUACAAGAGAUGCAGCUGCGUCGAGCCAGGCAGGACAUGGAACACCGCCCCUUUACCUGGUUGUUUCCACGCCAUGCAUUGUCCCAACCACUUGUCCCCAAAAUACGAGAAACACUGGAUGCCUCCAGCGGGGCGAAGAAGUUUGGAGGAAAGAAAGAGAGCGGAUCGACCAGGUCUAUGCAAAAGAGUCAGCCAUUCCUUCCUCCUCGAGCCCCGUCGUUGCGGCAAGUUUCCAUUGACGCAAUUUCUCGGACAACUCCCCCCGCAGCCUUAGUUGCAAUGGAGGCAGAGUGCUGGAAGCAUGUGCUGUUUCAAGCAGUCACCAACGUGACCCUUCCAUUCGCGGCCGCGUGUGUCCAAAUGCACCGGGUCGAAGGCGGGACGGUCCUGUGCGCAGGGGGAAUCAAAGGAGAGCUUGUGUUGAUGGACCUUGCGGCAUCCACGGUUGUCCGACAACGCCUGGAUCCACCCCAGCCCGUUCGAAUAUCCUCCAUCCAAACGUUUGGGACCCACGUGCUUGUAUCUGCUUCGUCCCAGCUACAGCUCUGGACGACGCGUCCUGUCAAGGAUCGAGCGCUUUCCAUCGUGUUUCACCUGACAAAGGACGACUUGCAAAGUGUCGGUCACAAACUGCAGGACGUGACGACAGGGUGCUUCGUCCCGGCGGCGUCGCUGGCAGGAACACCCACGAGCAUUCUCGUCGGCACUGCGGACGGAUCGAUCUGUCGACUGAACCGAUCAACGGACGACUGUCGCGCAGUGUUUGGCGCAGGUUUGGUGCCUCGCCCAUGCUUAGCCAACACCAUGUCGCCGAUGAUCUUGCCGCCGAACCCACGCCAUACGCUCUACCAGUUCCACCGCGCCGCAAUCAUCUUCUUGGCCACCGUUGGCCACCCAUUGUCGCCUUCGUUUUUGAGUGUGGACGCCACGGGCGUCGUCUGCCGGUGGGACAACGAUAACUGGACCGGCUUUGGCUGGUUCGAGCCGGCGCAAUCGGUGCAGCUUGUGGGGUCUGGAGUUGUGCAGUCCUGUCUGCUUGCGCCAGACACGUCCCGCCUCGUCGUGUUCACGUUCGAAGGUACCAAGCGCCAAGGUGCUUUUGUUCAAGUCGCAUGGGAACCAUCCCUGUCGGUCUUGCCCGUCGUCAUUCGAAUCGGGUGCGAGGCCCCACCCCCACCGUUUACGCUUCUCCCAAGCCCUGCUGCCCUGUCCCGCACCUCGUGCGACUGUGUUCUCGUCAUGGGCAGUUCGUUGGCUCUGUAUUCGCUAGCGACAGGUCAGGUUUUGACACCGGCGUCACCAUCGACGAUAAGUUGCAAGUCGCCCGCGGUGUCGGUGACCUCCAGUGACGGGUAUGUCGUUGGCUGUGGUAGCACGGGGAAGAUCAUGGCCUUCGAAAUGCAAGACUUGGCUUCGCUGGAUGCCAUACGCGCUGUGCAGGUCGAACUGGCACCAUUCCACACCACGACUCCACGGCGGCCACCCACGAUCGCUCGCGUGAACUGCGCUGGAGACCGCCGCAUGGUGCGGGCCGUGGUGGUGGCGACCAUCGAAGAGAUCCUCAGCCAGUUCCUGCCCCACCCCACGUCUUCAACCAUGCUGUCGAGCCCGACACUGGCGUGACAAACAGACUCACAACGAUGUCAACUACGCGGGCCGAGUGCUAUCCAUGUCCUGGAGGCUCAACGACAAGGCUGCGUGUGCAUUAGCGUUUAACGGUGGAGGUCGUGUGGCCCCGACGCGCGACAGCAUUACUUGACUGGGGUGUAUCCCUUGUUCUUGUUGGCGAUAUGACGGCGCAGGAGCACGACAACGACAAUGAUAGCCAGUCCAAGACCGCCAACAAACCACAAGAGGCCGUGGAAGUCGUUCGGAGCAGCAUCGGUCGGCGACGGCACCAAGCCCGCACCUUGCGACACCUUGGGACUAUCGGUCAUGGGUUCGCUUGUUUCAAACGAAGGGAUCGGAACGGUCACUUCUGGAACACCCGUCGUGGGCACUUCAGUGGCCAAAGCCGCACCGACUUUGCUCGGUUCGUGGACGGGUACUUGCAGGGAAGCGAACGCCUUGUAAAAGUUGUCCGUCGUGAGAACUGGACCACGAUUGAACAAGGAUCGCUCCGACUCGACAAUCAAGGGCUUAGGGCUGACGUACGUGACGUCCCCAGCGCCGUUUGUGUACAGCGCGUUGACCGACUUGAUGACGGCACGUCCAGAGCCCGUGAUGGUUACGGACGUGUUCUGGGCCUUCAAAGAGCCAGCGUACACGCCACCCUUGCUGGCGAUUGAAAUGUUGUGUGUGCCGCACACCCCUGUGGGCAAAAACGUAAUGUUGCCCGUGCCGGUUACGCUAGACGUGACGAUGGGGACAUUGAACGGCUUGCCGCUAAAAAGCACGCUUCCCUUUCCAUCCACUUGCACAUCGACAACUUGGGGCACAAUUUCGACGGGCGAAGAGAUCAGGACCGCACCCGUCCCAGUGUUGGACACUCGGAGCGACUGUGCCGCUAUGCGCUUCCCGGUCCACUGGACGUUGCCCGCCCCGAUGUUUUCAACCGUGAUGAAACGAGCGGAAAUAUCGUCGGUGGACACGAAGAGGGACCCCGACCCAGACACUUUGAGCGACAAGUCGCCUUCGAUUGUGUGGGUCCCGGCCGCAAUGACACACGCUCCUUCACCUGCGCACUCGAUACCUUGCAGUCGAUGCGACGGUACAGUCAAUUCGGCGAGAAACGUUGCGUCGGGAUACUUGGUCGUGUCGAAGGCCCCCGUUGACACUUGAAGGAGCGGCGAUCCCAAUUCUGUUAGCAACUCGACGUUGUCGAGGACGGCUUGCGUGUCGGUAGUCACACGCAACGUGAAUUCGUCAGCAGAUUCACCAGGAGCGAUAAAGAUGGGUCCGGGGAAGCCUAGGUGGACUUGGUGGAGGUCGCCCGUGACUUCGUUGUUCGAGUUGUCAAGCGUCCACGACUGCGAGAGCGACAUGGUGCGUGCGAAGAGGCAAGUC